AUGAAGCUUCAUUCGUCGCCCAAAGCUUACUUGUUUGGUCUCUCUCCUGUGAAUUGCGCAAUAAGAAACAAUACUGGAUCAAGUUACCCACCAGAGGAUUUACUGUUGUUCCAGUAUCCCAAACAUAUCAACCAGCUGAUUGAAAUGCCUUCAUCCCGACUGGAUGCCACAGCUGCCAGUGACAAGCACGUGAAUAAGACGUGCUGCUGUGGUUCAAUAACUUCGAUUCAAAUGGAUGGCAAAGCCCAAUAA